AUCCCCCCCUGCUCAUCCCCACAGUCCUGUCCCCGUCCACUCCGCCGCCGCCGCCGCGAAUUCCGCCGGCGUCCGCCCCCGCGCGCGUGCUCUGCGCCCCCGCGGACUCCAGCGCCUCCGGAUCGGAGCCCCUGAACAUGGCGGCCGCCGCGCUCAGGGUUCAGCUCGAGGCGCUCCUCGAGAACAUGUUCGCCACGGGUAUGGUGGACGAGCAGUUCCGGCAGCUGCAGUCGCUGCAGGAGGGGGGCAGCGCGUCGGGCUUCGUCGCCGAGGUCGCCACCCUCUUCAUCGACGACGCCGACCGGAUCAUCGCCGACAUCGGGAGCCUGCUGGACCAGCCCGUGGUGGAUUUCGACAAGGUGGACGCCCACGUGCACCAGCUCAAGGGGAGCAGCUCGAGUGUUGGUGCUCAGAAAGUGAAGCUCGCCUGCAUGCACUUCCGCCAGUUCUAUGAGGCAAAAAGCAAAGAAGGGUGCCUCAUGGCGUUGGCUCUUGUUAGGAGUGAGUUCUGUGAUGUGCGCAACAAGUUCCAGACCAUGAUGCAGCUGGAGCAGCAGAUCGAGGCCUGCAGUCCCAAGUAGAGUAGCAGUCACUGAAGCAAAAGGAGCUUAGCUCCAUGUGACCCCCGUGUAUGUAUCUCUUAUGCUUGUAGGCAGUGUAACGGGUGUCGGGGGCUCUGGAAGGCGUGUGUGCGGAACCGGACCGACCGAUUCCCACGUCGGAGCUCCGGACUUGUGACCCUUUGAAACGCAACUUGCUUGCCCUGCGUCAAUGUACGUGUCAACGCUAUGCUUGUUUGUGUCGUGUCCGCCCCCAGGCUGCGUGUAAACUCUUACCUUGUUGUUGUAUGUUGUUGGGGUCCCUUGAACGUCUUUGGAAA